AUGAGCAACAGCUCAAGUGAUGAUUUGCUAGAAUUUCUCAAAAAGCAUUUCAAAGUGAGGAUGGAGUCAGAUGGGUCAUUUACUGUCUACACAAACAGCGGAACAUAUCUAAUAUCAAAAGCCGAUUCCAGCUCUUUUGUAAAUGCCUCUACUAGUGGCCAAUCCCAAGCUCUCGCCAGGGAGCAUAGGCCUUCUGAGCCACAAACAUCGAAAGAAGAUAGUCUAUUUGAGCCCCUAAUCAAAGACAAGCCUGGGGAAGAGCAUAUUAGUCCAUUUGGGAAAAUUGGUGCAGAUGAUAUUGCUCCAAACUUUGACCAAAAGCUCAAAAAGAAGAGCAAAGUUAAAGGAAUGGUGGCUAGUCCAGACAACUUGGACUCUUCGGAUGAUAAUCCAUUUAUAAAUGUGGAUCCUGCGUAUCCAUCUAAAAAGAAGAAGGAUAGGGGCCCCGAGCCAGAUCCAGAUCAUUAUGAUCCAGGCAAGAAUGUAUUCGAUUAA